GUGCCCGUUCUCUGCUCCUCUGCUCUCCCCUUGCAUCCCUCUGCCCCUAAGGUCGGGCGGGGACAGGCUGGGGCCACCAGCCAGCUCCAUGGACAAAGAUUUCGCUUCUGCUCACCUUCCAGCUUUGGAAAGAAAAGAAGGAAGAUCUGUGUUGAUUUGCAUUUGGGAGAUCCUACCCCCUCCUAAACUUCUGGGGGCAGAAAAAGUGAUUUGACCUUGGAUUGACUGUUGAAGAAGGGACAGAAAGAGCCCAGAACAUUCCCCCAGAUGUUCCUGCUGUGACUUCUCCCCUAGCUCCAUGAUGGAACCAUCAGAAAGGCCACUGACUGGCUGGACACACCAGGAAGCAGAAAUUCGAAUUGGUCCCCAAUCAGAUCAGAGCAGGGGGUGGAGGCCUGGAGACCGGAGUACAGCCCUUGCACCCAUCCCCCCAGCCCUAUCCUUCCUUCUCCUUUUGCCACUGGCCAGUGCCCUACAGCCCACCCCACUGCCCUUUCCAGAACUGAGGCUGGUGGGGGGUCCGAGCCGCUGCCGGGGUCGCCUGGAGGUCCUGCAUGGUGGCUCCUGGGGCAGUGUCUGUGACGACGACUGGGACGUGGUAGACGCCAAUGUGGUAUGUCGUCAGCUGGGCUGCGGCCUGGCACUGCCUGUGCCUCGGCCCCUUGCCUUUGGCCAGGGCCGAGGCCCCAUCCUGCUGGACAACGUGGACUGCCUGGGGCAGGAAGCUGCUCUGAGCGAGUGCGGCAGCCGAGGUUGGGGAGUCCACAACUGCUUUCACUACGAGGAUGUGGCUGUCCUGUGCGAUGAGUUCUUGCCCACGCAGCGCCCAGCAAAGAAAGUGUUAACCACUAUGGUGCCCCCUACAACACCCAGGAAUGGGAAUGGUGAGGGCAGUGUGCGUCUGGUUGGGGGCGCGGGCCCUUGUCAGGGCCGAGUGGAGAUCCUGCAUAGCGGCCUGUGGGGCACCGUGUGCGACGAUGACUGGGGACUGCCAGAUGCUACCGUGGUCUGCCGCCAGUUGGGCUGCGGGGAGGCACUGGCCGCCACCACUAACGCCUUCUUCGGCUAUGGCACGGGACACAUCAUGCUAGACAACGUGCACUGUGAAGGCAGCGAGCCCCGCCUGACGUCAUGCCUGAGCCUGGGCUGGGGUGUGCACAACUGUGGCCACCACGAGGAUGCUGGAGCGCUAUGCGCAGUUCUAGGCCCCCCCACUCUCACAGCACUGCCAUCCUCAGCCACAAGAGAGGACUGGGCCUGGCACACAGAGCCAGAGGCUACAAGACUUGGUGCUCUCCCUUCCAGAGAGACAGCACUGUUCACCACUGCCUCCUGGGCCGCGGGGAAGAAAAGCGGGCGGCUGCGGCUAGUGGGCGGCCCAGGGCCGUGCCGCGGCCGCGUGGAGGUUAUGUACGCCGGGGGCUGGGGCACCGUGUGCGACGAUGACUGGGAUUUCGCGGAUGCGCGCGUGGCCUGCCGAGAAGCGGGAUGCGGGCCUGCGCUGGGCGCCACGGGCCUCGGACACUUCGGCUACGGCCGCGGCCCAGUGCUGCUGGACAACGUGGGCUGCGCGGGCACAGAAGCCCGCCUGAGCGACUGCUUCCACCUGGGCUGGGGUCAGCACAACUGUGGCCACCACGAAGACGCCGGAGCGCUCUGCUCAGGCCCAGAGGAGCUAGGACUACAAGUCCAGCAGGAUGGUUCUGAGACCACCCGAGUUCCCACUCCUCGGCCCAGGGACGGGCACCUACGUCUGGCCAAUGGAGCCCACCGAUGUGAGGGGCGUGUAGAGCUCUUCCUAGGACAGCGGUGGGGCACUGUUUGUGAUGAUGCUUGGGACCUGCGGGCAGCUGGUGUCCUGUGCCACCAGCUGGGCUGUGGCCAGGCCCUGGCAGCUCCUGGAGAGGCCCACUUUGGCCCAGGCCGAGGCCCUAUCCUCUUGGACAAUGUCAAGUGCCGUGGAGAUGAGAGUGCCCUUCUGCUGUGCUCUCAUAUCCGCUGGGAUGCCCACAACUGUGAUCACAGUGAGGAUGCCAGUGUCCUGUGCCGACCAUUGUGACCCAGUCCACUCUGCAGACCACUUAUUCUGGAGACCUACUGUGGCCUGCCCCUCCGCCUCCAGGAAGCCUUCCUCUUGUAUCAACUACAGUUCACUCAGCCCUUCCCUCCCCUUGCCUGGGAGAGAGCCUGCCCUGAUGGUGUGGUCCUGCACGGGGCUGCCGGACUCUAUCCCAUGAACUUAUUAUGUGACCUCACCUGCUAUCAACUGUCGUGGGCCCAAUUCAGUGAAAGCUCCCACUUUCUGCUCAGCCAAAACAGAAACUUGGGGGUAGGGAAUGACUUCUAACUCUUCUCUUUGGUGGGGCUCCAGUUACAACACCCCUGAUCCUGCCUUCCUGCAACCCAGUCCAUGAGGUUCAGGGGGUCUCUGAAAAUGGGGUACCUCCCUUCUCCUACCCAUCUUGGGAUCCCCAAGAAGAGGGAAGGCAGGAGAGGCCUGUAGUUUUUACCUUAGCCUGCCUGGGGCUGUAGAGGAACCUGGGUCAUUGCCCUAGCCUGCUCUGUGAGGUCCUGGACUCAGAUGGUGCUUGGCUGGACAAGGGGACUGGAGGGGCCAAAGCGGGACAGUGGCCCCUCCCUGCAGCUGGAACCAGCAUCUCUGAUAUUUGCUGCCCCCACCACAGAGCCUCCACUUGCAAAAGCAAAGAACCAUGGAGGCCUAUAGCCACCCUUUCAGAGGUGCCAAGUCAAUAAAACAUU